AUGCUCGGGCAAGUGAGCAAGAAGCGGCUGCUGCUGCGUUCGUCAUUAUCACCAAAUGCAUAUUGGGCCGAGCAAUUCCACGAGGUGGGAUUGCGAGAGCUAUCGGCAAGUACUUCGAGGAAAGAGGGCUACAUCAGGGCUGAUGGGAUGCAAGGGGGCGACAACAAUCUCGCCAUCGCUGUUUCUGCAUACGAGCCAAAGGUCCAAUGCUACGGGACCAUAUACCCGCCCGGCUUGCUGGAUUCUUGCCAGAACAUCGUCGACAAAAUGGAUGCCAGUACUACUCUCUUAACGUUAACUACGAGCGGGGCCAAUGAUGCUGCGAUCACUCUACCCUACACUCUCGAAUCAGGUGGGUACGCCAGUAACCCAAUGAGGCCGUCACGUGCUUCUGACAUCCUAGUAGAGGACAAACGUUGCGUGAUGAUCAUCAAUACCAUCGGCGGACAGGAUACUUAUACCUGGAGAAAAUUUUGGGAAGUCGCCGUUGCACUGACUGGGAUGUGUGCAAGGACUGACCGCAAUGGCGUUCGGAACCACCUUGGUGAUAAUAGACGUCUGUCUUUAACCCUAACCCAGCUUUGA